CACCGUUCCGCCCACCCAUACAGAACUACGCUUGAUGAAAUGAAAGCAGCCGCCUCUCUGAAUUCUGGAAACCUGGAGAAACACCGGCACAAAAUACACACCUGACAUUCCAAUGUUUCAUUUUAUCUUCAAAACCUCUCUCCAUCUUCAACAAACCAGAACCCUGAAUGCCAAUAUCAGAUCCCUCACCACUCUCAGCAUUUGUGACUACCCAACACUCACAGACUAUCUCACAAACACUUUGGCUUUCACCCCAGAAUCAGCUCGUCAAGUUUUCAAGAAAAUCCAUGGCAGACCCCCCAACAAUCCCUACCCAGUCCACUCCCUCCUCGAACAUUACGGUUUUACCCCUACCCACAUAGCCAAAAUCAUCACCAUAUGCCCAUCCUUCCUCUGGGCAAACCCAGAAAAAACCCUCAAGCCCAAGCUAGACUUUCUCGCCCAAAAUGGCAUUUCUGGUCAAGACCUUGUAAGCACAAUCACCAACAACCCCAGAAUUCUAGAGCGGAGUUUGAACAAACAGAUUGCGCCCUGUAUUGUGUUCCUCAAGAGCUUUCUUGGGUCUACCUCGGCUUUGUUGUCGCACUUUUCGAUCAAGCGUGGUACUGCGGUUGUGCUCAGAUUUUCUGACUCUAUGGGCGCGAACGCUGAGACUCUAAGACAACACGGUGUGCCUCACAGAAACAUUAUGAAGAUGAUCGCGUGGCAGCCACAGCUAUUUUCAAGGGAUGUUGAGGAUUUCAGUAAGAUUGUGAGGGAGGUUGAGGAACUGGGUUUCAAUCCGUUGAGCAUGAUGUUCAUCCAUGGCGUGUUUACGCUUUUUUCGAUGAGGAAGGACAAGUGGGUUUCAAAAUUUGAGCUGUUGAAGAGUUUUGGGUGGUCAGAGGCGGAGUUUCAGGCUUUGUUCUUGAAGCAACCCCCGGUAAUGAGGUCGUCGGAGGAGCGAUUGAAGAGGGCAUUGGACUUUUUCAUGAACAAGAUGGGGUGGGGCACUUCGGACAUUCUCAAGCACCCAGUUUUGCUUUGCUUGAGCUUUGAAAAGAGGGUGUUGCCGAGGUGGUCGAUACUUCAAGUUUUGAUUGCCAAAGGUGUUAUAACCAAGAGCAAGAAGACUACUGCGAAGGCAUUUAUGCAAGUUGAGGACAAGUUUGUGAGCGAGUUUGUGAAGGGUUAUGAAGAGCAUGCCCCUGAACUUUUGAUGAUGUACCAAAAAAAGCUCCAAGGUUUAUGAUAUGUGACUCUGUUUCCUUUCAAUGAGGGUAGGUAGGAUGGCUGGUGCGGUCCUGAGAUUGGUCAUCAAGGAGUUUGAAGGUUUUUCAUGGACCAAUUGCUUCUCAGUUCCCACUGUAUUUGUUGUGUCAAAAGAACAUGAUGGUCACUGUAUUUGUUUGAAGGUUUUUGUGUAUGUAAUAUUUUUGGGGCCUCCAUUUUCAGUUCCAUGCUACCUGUGUAAUCACUUCGACUAUGUCUCCAAUGUGAUGCCUUUUCUGAUAUAAGAACAACAUGGGGAAAUACUGCA